UCAAAAAACAUUUCUUUUUUUUUUAGAUUUAUUCAGUUUUUUUUAAUUGGGUUUGUUGUUUUGUGUUAAAAAGUAAUCGAGAACUGAACGUUAACUUUGAAUCUAAUGUUAGGUAGUCGAAAUGAUUGAUUUUAUAUAUUCAGUUAAAUCUUUGAUCAAGAUCGAUCAAAUUCAUACCGAUAAUAAUGUGUUCAAAUUGCAUUAUAAAUUCACCGUUAUAAUGUUAAUAAUAUUUUCAAUUUUGCUCACAAGCAAGCAAUAUUUUGGCGAACCGAUAAGUUGUAACGUGGGUUCCACUGAAUCUGGCAUGAAAGAAAUUAUAGAACUUUUUUGUUGGAUACAUGGAACCUACAUUGUAAGCUCAAGUUUAAGUGAUACUCGACUGCCUGGAGUUUCAAACGAAUAUGACUAUGCAAAAUGGGGUAAUCGUGUAAGUCGUUAUGUAGGGGAUUCCCUUCGUACGGACAGUUCUUCUCAUGUUAUUUGGCAAAAAUAUUACCAAUGGGUUUGUAUUAUAUUCUGCUUCCAAGCUCUCCUAUUUUAUAUUCCACGGUAUAUAUGGAAAUCAUGGGAAGGUGGUAGAGUUAAACUACUGGUUGAUGAUUUACGAGGACCACUUGUUACACCUACUUGGAAUUUGGAAGCUAAAAACAAAUUGGUAAGGUACCUGUUGAAUGGAAGAAAUUCACAUACUUUAUAUGCCUGUCGUUUUACCAUUUGUGAAAUAAUUAAUCUGGCAAAUGUGAUAUUUCAAAUAUACUUUAUGGAUUGGUUCCUCAACGGAAAAUUUUCCAUUUAUGGCAUAGCUAUGAGUACGGUACACAACUUCAGCCCGAUGGAUGAAGUCUUUCCUAAGAUCACAAAAUGCAAAUAUUUCAAUUACGGUCCUAGCGGUACUAAGCAGAACAUUGACUCUUUAUGUAUCUUGCCUCUCAAUGUACUGAACGAAAAAUUAUUCCUCAUUUUAUGGUUCUGGCUAUACAUUUUGACAGCACUUACGGUACUAGGUUUAAUAUAUAGGUUAUGUAUAAUUUGUUCACCUUGUAUUCGUGCUUAUCUUUUGUUGGGACACAGCCGAUAUUUGGGACGUAAGCAAACAAUGGCUCUUAUUAGAGAAUUGUCCUAUGGUGAUUUCUUUGUUCUCCACAAUGUUGGCAGCAAUGUAAAUCCUAUUAUAUUUCAUGAGUUGAUCGAAGGUAUUUUUGAGUAUAUGAAAAAUAACAAGAGAAUUUAUAAAGCUCAUACAGCAAUUAUAGACAUGUAAGCAAUAAAAAACGAAUUAGUGCAUUAUUUAGGAUAUAUUUUUUCGAUUAAUAAAAGUUGAGUUUAUAAAUUCAUAUUUCGAGUUAGUUCAGAUAAAAUUUCCGUUUUCACGUUUGACAAUGUUUAUUGAUGUUAUUUAAGUAUUUAUUUGAAGUUAGUUCUGUUUGAUAUAUUUUUUGUAUAUUUAUAUAUUUUAAGUUCGUUCAGUAUUUUUACUGAAAUCACUAUUAUUGAGUUACUUAUUCUGUUUUUCAAUUUUAUUCACUAUUUUAUAGUGAUGUAAAUUAAUGAAAGACUAAAUCAUCGAUUCCUGUGAUAGAGAAUAUAAGAAUAAUUUAUAUUUUUUAAUAUUAUAUUUGAAUACCGUACUUUUUUAUGAGUGUUACAUCUUAAGUUGAAAAUAAAACUGUU